CCUGUCCCUGCCCUGUCACUCUUCCUUUCGGCUGUUUUCAUAGUUUCACUCCAUCUUCUAUAGCCCGCAAGGUCGCCUAAUCUGUCAAGAUGGCCACCGAACUUUGCCCCGUUUACGCACCCUUCUUCGGUGCCCUUGGCUGCACCUCAGCCAUCGUCUUCACCUGCUUCGGAGCUGCCUAUGGAACUGCCAAGGCUGGUGUCGGUGUCUGUGGAAUGGCCGUCCUCAGACCUGACCUGAUCGUCAAGAACAUUGUCCCCAUUGUCAUGGCGGGUAUCAUCGGUAUCUACGGUCUGGUCGUGUCUGUCCUGAUUGCAAACGACUUGGGACAGAAGGUCCCCUUGUACACUGGUUUCAUUCAGCUGGGAGCAGGUCUCGCCGUCGGUUUGGCUGGUAUGGCAGCUGGUUUUGCCAUUGGUAUCGUUGGUGACGCAGGUGUUCGUGGAACUGCUCAACAGCCCCGUCUCUAUGUCGGAAUGAUUUUGAUUCUCAUUUUCGCUGAAGUCUUGGGUCUGUACGGUCUUAUCGUUGCUCUUCUGAUGAACUCCCGUUCGAGGAUCGACGCCACCUGCUAAACGAACCCUCCUUCGUUCCGCGCGAAAUGGCCCAAGUGAACACCCGCCCGAGGAUGCCAAUCACCCACUAUUCUCGGAUACGACGAAAAGAGCCCGGGUUGCUCAACAUGUGUUAAUGUGAUGCGGUUAUUUUGACUUAUGUUUUCAGACUUUAUUUGCCGACAAUGACGGGAACCGUCAUUGUCCCGAUGACAGCUGGAGGGGAUGUGGAGGAAGUGGAUUGCUAGGGGAAUGGAAAGAGAAAACGGACGUUGAAUAAACAUAUGCUUUCUCUUUCAUCCAACACUCCCCGAAAUAACAAAGGACAAGACAUAAUUGGAUGUGCUAGCUAAGUUUGUAGACUAGGACAGGGUGGGAAGCUGUGGUAGAUACAUUGCAUGGUUUUUUUCAAGGCCUUUGAGAUUUUGUACUUUAUGGGUGUCGCUUUACUCUUUUGUAUCCUUGAGCUGGAUCAUAGGAUUACUUGCUUUGCAAUGCUUAUAUGUUUUCUCCUGCUA